AUGGAUCUGCAGACGAACCACAGCCACGACACCAAGCAUGCCGAAGACGAAAGAGGGGGAGACCGAGAGAUGCAUGACCGAACUACCACCAGCACUAAUAAUCCCACCGCGAAUCUUAUUGCUUCGGAUAUCUCCACGCACAUUCCUCCCACAUCCAUCAGACUUGGAUCCGAGAAUGUGAUUAUUCCCUUUUCAUCUACAGCCGGUAGGAAUUAUUGUUCGGAAGGAGAUACGCUACAGUGCUGCUGUGGUCGACGGGAUUGUGCAUACCUCGAGCAUAACAAUGUGGCUUUGGGCGAUUUGGAGAAGGAUUUAGAGACUGCGGCGAGAUUGGGGCAGACCAAAAUGUCGCUGACGUUCUCCCUCCAGGCUCUGCUCCAACGGCACGAGACAUACGUCUCCGAAGCCGAGGCAGAUCGGAGCCGUUUGCUCCUCGAAAUGGAGCGCCUGGAACGUGACAAACAAGAAGUCCAGUCUGCAAAUGCGCGUAUAGUCGAAGAGAAUCGCCGCUUACUGGAGCAACUGGAAGGCCUCAACAAUGCCGUCGCGACUUCGGACAAUGAAGUCAAAGCGCUGUCCGAAAGGCUGCAGCAGACGCAACUUGAGAUGAGGGAGUUGGCUGCUUCAGCGGUGCGGGCGGCAGAUCUGGAGAUUCAGUUGAAUACGAUGGAGGCGGAGCAGAUGGAACUGCAGCAGCAGCUCAUCCUAACGCAUGAGGAUGAGAAAUCUGCGGUGCAGAGGUGGAAAAAGGCCGAGACGACCUUGCACGAUCUACAGGAUCAGUUGGAUAGACUUGAAUACGAAGCGACGAUGGAGAGGGAGGAACAUUCCAAGAUUAUUGAGCGUAUGGAGCGAAGACGCGCUGUGGAGAGGGAGUUGGAUGGCGCGGCUGGUCGUCUCAAGGGUGCUGCUGCGUCGGCGGUCAUGGAUCGAAACCGCAAUGCAACAACGCCGGUUGUAUCGAAGUUUGUACGUGAUAUAUUGCAGGAUAAUGCAAAUCUGCAAAUGGGUAUUGUCGAGUUAAGGGAGUUGCUGGAGAGUUCGAACCAGGAAGUUGAGAAUCUGCGGGAACAGAUACUACAUCAUCAGCCGGUUGAUGUAGAUACAGAACAGCCACCACGACCGCAAGGAUCGCGACUAGACCAGGAGCUCAAUGCAAAGGAGCCUCGACCGGUAUCGCAAGAGUUUCACGUGCAUCAUCAUUAUCAUUCGCCAUCGUCUUCGGUUAGUUCCAAGAAGGAGAAACAGCCUAUACGUCGUCCGAAGAAGAGACGACCUACACUUAUGACAUCGGGAAUGCAUAGUCCUAGGUCGCCAUAUCACAACGCACAUCCUUCAUCAUCUUCUGUAUCAACAAUCAUGUCCCAAACCUCCGUCUCGAUCCCUCCAUCCUUGUCGUCACAACGGUACUCUGUUCAUCCAUCUGGAAUAUCGUCGUUGGCUAGUUCUCCAAUCUCAGCGUAUCAACCUUCUUCGAUUUUUGAUAUUGUUGACCAGAGCGAGUUGUCACGGCCAUCAAGUCCGGAGAGUAUGGCCAUGCUGAUGUCUCCAAAACGGCCGAUGUGGAAAGGUCAUCGAUUGUCGGAUACUUCAAAUCGCUCUUUUUCUAUGCCUGGGCUGUCUUUCCCGGAUCUCGACAGUGAAAAUGUUAUUGACACUGGUGAUGAUGUUUUUGAGCAGCAGCCGACCAAGACUAGUGAUGAGAUGUGGCUUCCUCCUGCUAUACCUGAGGAGCAGGAGGAUACAGUUGAUAAGAACGAUAAUAACCAACCUACGACAGAGGAACAGACAAAGGAUGCACCAGGUCCAUCUAUUAUCGAUAAUAUCUUCGAAACCCCAUUUGACCCAAUGCAACAGCAUGUUCCUACGUUGCGAAAAUCAGCAUCCUACGAAAGCCUUCUGUCCGUCUCUGGAAUGGAUAUUCACACUCUCCGUGAACGACCGUCACAGCUGCUCGCGGGAUUCGAGUCGAGAUAUUUCCUCCCUCGUCGCCCGCCGCAGCGUGUCGUGACUGUCGCGACUGAGAUAUCGUCCACUCCGCCUGUUAUAUCGACUACAAACAUCACGGCCGAUAAGGCAAGCAUUGUUUCGACGUCAAGCCAGCCAAUGUCAUCGCAUUCAUUACUUGCCAGCGUAGCCGCAAAAUCUAGUAUUCCAGUCAUCACUUCAGAUGCCGCCAGCACAGACUCAAAUACUCCUCUAUCCUCAGACCCAGUCCCAAUCGCAAACUCACAAGACGACAAAAAACCAGCGACAAUAACCCGCAAAGUCGGCGGCUGGGUCAUGGGCAAAUGGGGCGUUGCGCCCGGCCCAGCGACUUCAGUUACACCUUCUUCAUCAUUUUCGACAUGGACAGCCGAUAUACUACGGCAUAAUCAGCAUCAUCUCAUUCAAGCGCAACAAUCAGAUGCAGCAAGCAUAUCAUCCGGUACCACUACCACAUCUGCCUCUACCUCCACUACAACGACGACGACCAACAAACCACGUACAACGACAAUACCGAAACCUAUAAUCCGUGGCUUUGGAAUCAACCAGAAAGGCCCCAUACCAGGCUUUGUGUCCACCCCACUUCCGGCGAAGCAGGUGGCUAUUCAUGCACAUGUUUUGGAUAGAGAGUUAUUGGAUGAGAGUUUGCGGGAAUAA